AUGGCGGAGGUAUCAAACCUCCACCGCUUCAACCACUGCCAACCACCGCAGCAACAGCAGACCAGAAUCCCAAUUUCCAACCCCUCCACUGGGCCUCAUGAAGAAGAAGAAAUCUUUGACCACAGUCCAUUUGUCAUCGAUUUGGAUUCAUUAUCCCCUCCCAAUAACGCGAACCCCUCUCUCUUCAUACCCAAUGAUUACGACAAUAACUUCAAUAUCGGGUUCGAUUUAAAUAUAGAAUCCGAAAAUUCGGUUUCUGAUUAUGCGGAUUCAUUGGCGGACCCGAAUUGCUUUUUCUGUGGAGGGGAAUAUGAGGAGGAGAUAAAUUUUGUUACGGAUCUGUUCGAGUCUCGUGAAGCCCAUUUUCCCAACCGCCCGAUUAGGGAGUUUGAUUCGGGUCUCUCGGAGGAUCUGGGCAUGGAACACGGGUUCGGUCCAGGUCUCGUGUCAGCAGCGGAGGUUUCCCCGCCAGUGGGGCUUAGGGUUGUUGGUAUGGAUUCGGAGUCUGAAUCCGAUGAAACCGAGGUAAAUUCCGGGUUUAUUGACAAUAAUGAUGAUGACGGCUUUGGGGUUAAUUAUCUCAUUAGUGAAAAUGAAAGGGAAGAGUUUGAAUGGGAGGAGGUAAAUGAGAGAAUCCAAUUUGAUGAAAGUGAGAAUUUGAAUUAUUUGAUUGAUAGAAUUGAGGAAAUCUCAGUUUCGUCGGACUUUUCGUCCUCGGAAGGUGAAAAUCUAGAGUUAGGUGAUGGGAUAGGGGGAGGAGGAGAGCGGAAUAUUGAGUGGGAAGUGCUCUUGGCAGUGAAUAAUUUGGACAGGAAUAUUGACUUUGAGAGCCAGGAAGAACAUAAUAAUGGGAAUGAAGUUCCUCACCUUGAUCUUUCAGAAGACUAUAUCUUGACUGUGGAAUAUGGUACCCUUUUCGGGCAAUUGGUCGAGAAUGAGAAUAAUUUAACUGGUAGUCCACCUGCUGCGAAAUCCGUGGUAGAGAAUCUACCUUUGGUGGAGUUGACAAAAGAGGAAAUGGGAGAAAAUAAUGACACGGUUGUCUGCACCGUUUGUAAGGACGAUGUUUUGAUUGGGGAGAAGCUGAUUAGAAUGCCUUGUUGUCAUCUUUAUCAUGGGGACUGCAUUGUGACAUGGCUCAAGAUUAGGAAUACUUGCCCUGUUUGUAGGUAUGAACUGCCUACAGAUGACUUGAAUUACGAGAAGAGGAAGACUGAGAGGAGUGGUGUGAGAAUUGCUUCUCGCUCUGUUGAUGAUCUUAACACGAGGUGGGAAUCUGUCCAGAAUUCGUGUAUUGUGUUGAUUUGUCAAGCUGAAAAACUUGGGAGACCCAAGUUUGUAUUGGAGUAG